AUGGUGAUCCUCCCCCAAAUCCUUGGUCUCUGCCUCAGCAUCUGGGUUGCUUACCAACCAGCUGAGGAGUACUACCCCCCUCACAUUACGCCCGUUAGGGGCUCCAACCUUGGCGAUGAGGUUGCAGCAACUCACUGCUUCAUCGAGUCUCAUACCGGCAAGAACUUUCACAUCAGAUACAGAUUCUCGCCCCUAUUCACGUUAUAUGAUGGCGCAGUUGCCAUUAUCCUCAAGUUCUUCAUCGAUGGCAUUGAAUGCCAACAGCUUGUGAUGAAUCAUCGGUGCAAGAGAUAA